AUGACCCUAAAUGAAGCCGGUGAACCCGUAGCCGUCCGAAACUGCUCAAAGUUGGAGGCUCCUCUCUACUUCCGAUGGGAGGAGCAGGAGACUCGUGGCUGCGGGGACAAGAAGGAAGUGUCUCUCGAAAACGUCGUCAAGGUUGAGGUUAGCAAAGGCAAUGCAGUCGAAGUAGCCGAGUUUCUAGCCAAUCGGACGUCAGAUUCAUCUAAGGAGACAGCAGAUGUUGCGAUUGUUGCCAGCAUUUUGGAGAACAUCGUUAAAGCAGGAUCGGGGGACAAAGAGGUGACAGAACUAGUGCUGGAGACUGUCAGCAAUGUCAUCAUGAGUGUUGGGCCUGAAACUCCUGACUCCGAACCCACUCAGAUCGAGGCUGGUACCUCCUCAGCCAUCGUUAAAUCCGUGGAGACUCAAAUCUCCCUGACACUUCAGCAAGAGGGUAAAGUCAGUAUACGUCAGGACUCAAUCCACGUGGAGGCGGUCAGUCUUGAACCAAACCUGACCGGGAACGGACUCAGCUUCGUGUCCGUGAAACAGUCAAAUGUGACGUAUCCUGGACAAGGGUCACCGCAAGAGGGCACCCUUGCCGGUACAGAGGUCGAGACUUUGAACUCUAGUGUGAUACCGAGGGAUCUCGAUGUCUUGGCAUCGGCUCGGUUGCCUGGCAACAUCAUCAAUUUGUUACCGUCCCCUAAUGCUCAGCUGAAAGCCAGUUUCCUGAUCUACGCUGGUGACACGUUGUUCCAGUCUGCUUCGAUCAGAGAGCAUCGAGGGGAGGGUAACUCGACUCGUAAGGUUGCUGGAUCUGUCGUCUCACUGACUGUGGAGAAUGUUGAACUUGUCAACCUCACAGAACCAGUCGUGAUUGAAUUCAAGGAGGAAUCAAGCGAAGGCCAAUGCGUGUCCUGGGACUUUGAGCUGGAAGAUGGAGUCGGCGAUUGGACAACAGAUGGAUGCGCGCUUGCUGAAGUGACCAAUAAGACAAUCGUGUGUAAUUGUUUUCAUGCCACCAACUUCGCAAUCCUAGUGGAUGUAAAGGGCCAAGCACCUGACGAUAAAGAUGACACUCCUGCUAAGCGAGCGCUUGAUGUUAUCAGCCAGGUUGGCGCUGCACUGUCAAUCAUAGCUCUGGCUAUCACGCUGAUCAUAUACUUAGCUAUCAGGAAACUGCGAAGAGGCAAAUCUCGUCAGAUCUUCAUCAAUUUCUGCUUCUCGUUGAUCAUGUUGUACAUCGUGUUCGUUGCCGGCGUCGACAAUGCUAAGGGCUCCGGAGGUGGUUGUGUGUUCGUGGCUGCUUUGCUGCACUACUUGACUCUGUCCACUAUGAUGUGGAUGGCUGUUGAAGCCAGGAACAUGUACGUCAGUACGGUGAAGGUGUUCCCAGAAGACGCGCCACGAUACAUGCUCAAGGCUUGCCUCAUCGCUUGGGGUUCACCAUUGAUUGUGUUGAUAAUCACAUUGGCUGCAGCAUCACAUCACUUUGCCAACGAACAUUACUGCUUCCUUGAGCCCGGUCUUGUGCUGUACCUCGGCCUCCUUGCUCCCAUUGGUCUCAUCCUCCUCCACAACAUCAUCACCUUCAUCUUGGUCAUGCGCAGUCUCCUGAAGGUCAAAGAGGCAUCUCGCUCCCAGCAGAUCUCCAAACGUCUUCAGAAUGCCGUGGCAAUCUCCACCCUCAUGGGCUUGACCUGGUGUUUUGGGUUCCUGGCCAUCGAAGAAGCGACUUUUACCUUUCAACUCAUCUUUUGUCUGGCUAACUCCUUGCAGGGCGUGGUUGUGUUCAUCAUGUUCUGCGCUCGACGCGAGGAGGUCCGCGACGCCUUUGCACCCUACAUGAAGCGCAUCUGCUGCGGUCGGGAAUUGCACUUGCCAAAGCGAUCAUAUGACGUGGCCUUGGUUUCAAGCACUGCUUCUCAAUCCAUCAGUUCCCCUUCUAGCAGUGUCGUCACCAAAUUUGACGUGUCCGCUUCUGACUUCCAGGAGAGCGUGGUGGUCCUCAAGUAUAAGACAUAUGACCAAGACAUCUGA